AUGGGAGAUAACUCGCAUCCAUAUCCCCAGGAUGGGGGCUGGGGCUGGAUGGUUGUCUUAGGUUUUUUUGGCUGUAACUUUUUCAUGGUUGGUAUAGCCAAGUCCUUCGGAAUCAUGCUGGAAGAGCUUGUCCUUUAUUUCAGCACAGACAUUGCCACGGCAGCUCUCGUCAUGGGGGUGGCAGGUGGCAUUUACACACUAGCCUCUCCGUUUGGUCUAGCAUUUGGACAACAUUUUUCUCAACGUAUUGUUGUCAUAUUUGGUGGGGUGAUGGGAUGCUUCGGUGUGGCCUUGUGUUAUUUCGUCAUCAGCAUUGAGUAUGUCAUCUGCAUGUUCGGCAUCUUUGCAGGUUUGUCCAAUGCUUGUUUGUUUGGGAACGGUCUGGUGAUGCUAGGUUACUACUUCGAGAAGCGACGGUCAAUAGCUAAUGCCAUGGCUCUGAUUGGUGCAAGCGUUGGUCAGUUUGCAAUUCCCCCGAUUCUGCAGUACCUCCUCGAUACCUACACCAUCCGAGGUACCUUCCUGUUCCUUGGUGGAUUCUACCUAAACUUGUGUAUCUGUGGGGCUCUCUAUCGCCCGUUAUCAUUCUACUCCAAAAGGAAAAGCUUGGAUCUGGAAGCAAAACUUCCUUUAGAUCAGAACAAUGCAUCAUCCAAGUUCGACGUUAGCUGUGUUGAAAAAGAAGAAUGUCUUGAUAAUGAGAUGGAGACCCUCGGGAACUGUCACAAAGUCGAAGUGUCGGAAAUAGCCUUGUUAAAAGCGGACAUGCGAUACGGACAUCUUUCCAGUACUGGAAGCCUGGUAAUGGGCUCCAUGGAAAGUCUCGGACAAGUCGUCAUUGCGGAAACUCAGCAGUCCGACAAGGACAAAGAGAAAACCUCAAAAAGGUCAUCUAGAUGUGGACUGAACUGUCCAAAACUCAUAUACUGGUCAGAGUUCAAAAAUCCUAUAGUGGUCAUCUACACACUGGUCAGUUUCUUUCUGUUCUUUGGAUAUUUCAACUUUAUCAUAUUCAUGCCAAUUGAUGCCGCCUCGAAGGAAAUAGACAAACACAGCAAGACCUGGCUGGUGUCGAUUUCGGGAAUUGGCGACCUGCUCGGUCGUAUAUUUAUAGGUGUUUUAGGAGACUUGAACGUAUGUAAGAGGUACAAGAUAAUGUCUGUAAUGUGUGUUAUUUGCGGAUUAAACAUAAUUUUGUAUGGAAUCGCGACCACAUACUGGUGGAUGGCAAUCCACGUGGCGGUGUACGGGUUUUCAGGUGGAGCUUACGUUGCCAUCAAUGCUGUUGUACUGAUUGACCUUGUUGGUUUGGAGGUCAUGCCCAGAGCUCUUGGUAUGAUCCUGCUUAUACAAGGAUUCGGUGCUGCAGUUGGGCAACCAUUUGAAGGUUACCUAAAGGAUAUCACUUCAUCAUUUCAAACACUGACAUACGUAAAUGGAUUCUGUAUGAUAUUUGGAGCUGUGAUCCUCUUCCUACAUCCAAUGAUUGUCCAACUGUUUGAGCCAAAUGUUGAACAGCCGCUAGAUGAGGCCACCAUCGCCAACACAUCAGCCUUCAACUCAUUCAAUAAGACGUCCAUAGAAAAUGGAGAUAAAGUAGAGGCAGUAGAAUAAUAUUGUACACGUUAAUCUACAAUUGUAUCCUUGAAAACGAAUCAUGAGAUUAAAUGUUCUUAAGUGUCUUUAUCAAACUGAGUAACACUAGUGUACGUAUCCUGCAAUAAGUCCAUUAGACCAACACAAAUUUCUGUUACUCAAAUUAGACAGACAACUUAUUACAGGGUAGUGAACUACAACAGAAUGAAUGGGCUUAAUACCAUGCAUAGAUUUGGCUUAUUUCCAAGCAUGAGCUUAUUGCUAGACAUUAUGUUACUACGAGUUAUAGGCUUAUUACCAUAUGAUUGUUUAUUACAGAAAUGGGCUUAUUAAUGUCUUAUUAUCAGACAUGGGCUUAUUACCAGGCUUGUGAUAGACAUGGGCUUAUUGCCAAAGUUUGAAGUAUUGCCAAGCUUGGCAUACACAUGAGCAUAUCGCAAGGCUUAGGCUUUAAACCAGGCAUGGGCUUAAUACCAGACAUGCCUUAUUACCAGACAUUAGCUUAUUGCUGGGCUUGGUCUUGAUACAAGGCAAUGGAGUCAUUAACAGGUAUUGGCUCAUUGCUGAGCUUGGUCUUGAUACAAGGCAAUGGAGUCAUUAACAGGUAUUGGCUCAUUGCUGAGCUUGGUCUUGAUACAAGGCAAUGGAGUCAUUAACAGGUAUUGGCUCAUUGCUGAGCUUGGUCUUGAUACAAGGCAAUGGAGUCAUUAACAGGUAUUGGCUCAUUGCUGAGCUUGGUCUUGAUACAAGGCAAUGGAGUCAUUAACAGGUAUUGGCUCAUUGCUGAGCUUGGUCUUGAUACAAGGCAAUGGAGUCAUUAACAGGUAUUGGCUCAUUGCUGAGCUUGGUCUUGAUACAAGGCAAUGGAGUCAUUAACAGGUAUUGGCUCAUUGCUGAGCUUGGUCUUGAUACAAGGCAAUGGAGUCAUUAACAGGUAUUGGCUCAUUGCUGAGCUUGGUCUUGAUACAAGGCAAUGGAGUCAUUAACAGGUAUUGGCUCAUUGCUGAGCUUGGUCUUGAUUAAAGGCAAUGGAGUCUUUAAUUUACCAGGCAUUAGCUUAUUGUAGGGUAUGUGCUCGUUACAAAUAGUGGCCUAUUUCUGACCAUGGGCUCAUUACCUGGCAAUGGCUUAUUGUUGGGAAUGGGCUCAUUACCAGACACUGUAACUGACUGAGCUAUUGCCGCCCUCACCACCUGAGGUGACGUGGCUGGCACUCUGACUGAGCUAUUGCGGCCCCCACCAUCUGAGGUGACGUGACUGGCACUGUAACUGACUGAGCUAUUGCGGCCCCCACCACCUGAGGUGACGUGGCUGGCACUGUAACUGACUGAGUUAUUGUGGCCCCCACCACCUGAGGUGAUGUGGCUGGCACUGUAACUGACUGAGCUAUUGCGGCCCCCACCACCUGAGGUGACGUGGCUGGCACUGUAACUGACUGAGCUAUUUCGGCCCCCACCACCUGAGGUGACGUGGCUGGCACUGUAACUGACUGAGCUAUUGCGGCCCCCACCACCUGAGGUGACGUGGCUGGCACUGUAACUGACUGAGCUAUUGCGGCCCCCACCACCUUAGGUGACGUGGCUGGCACUCUGACUGAGCUAUUGCGGCCCCCACCACCUGAGGUGACGUGGCUGGCACUGUAACUGACUGAGCUAUUGCGGCCCCCACCACCUGAGGUGACGUGGCUGGCACUCUGACUGAGCUAUUUUGGCCCCCACCACCUGAGGUGACGUGGCUGGUACUCUGACUGAGUUAUGUAUUGUAAUGAGACAUACUGUACCAGGAAUGAUUAAUUUCAACAUCUCCCUUCUUGUUAUUAUGUAAACAUGAUUUAUUGUUGUUAUUGUAACCUAGGAAACCUGUUGAAAUUAGAACUGUUGCUUGUUGCUGUUAUCUUCUUUUUUUUGGUAAUCAUAAAUAAGAUCGUUAUAUGUUUAUCGUUACAGAUCUCACAAUCCCAGAAUCUGUCGCACAAAAUGUCUGUUAGGUAUUUGCCUUCUUCUAUUUAUUCCAUGUUAUAUGGUCUAGUCUGUUGUGCCAGUAAAGUCAGGUCUAUAUUUUCUCACUGAUGUAUUUUAAGUUUUGCAAUGGUAAGAAGAAUAAAAUAAAAUUAAAAAAAAAGAGAAAAAAAACCGAAAAAAAAAAAAUAAAAAAAAAAUUAGAAAAAAAAAAUAAUAAAGUAGAAAGCAUCAAAAGCAAGGAAAAAGAUUCUCAUGGAAUUUGGAAAUUGGGGAUCGUGUAUUUUGCUAAGUUAACGGCCCUUUGAAUAGCAGGGUUAUUUUCUGGUGGUUUCUCCUUAUAUUAGCUGGUCGCAUUCUCAACUAACAUAUGUUGGGUAAAUCAUAUGUUAUCUCUCUAGAUGUAUUAGGUUCAUUGUCUUGGACACAACCAUCACAGACCACUGGACUGGCCUUGAUCUUCAUGAGGAACCAAACCACCCCUUGUAGGGAUCAAAUACUCAUCUUCAUUCUUCACUUGAGAUUGUUUAAGUCUGAUAUUCAUAUGGACAAAACUUUUGGAUUCACAUCAUCACUAGUGCCACAAUCACAGGCAUUACAGUGGUGAACCUUUAAGCAUCACUACAUAUGUAGGCAACACAAUCUUAAGUGAACUUCUGAAUCAGUAAGGGAACUCAUGUAUAUCUCCUCACACAAGCCCCCUCCUCUAGUAUAAAAGUUUAUUACCAUAUUGGUCCUCAAAUUAGGCCCCUCCCUUGGUUUUCAAGUUUCGUACCUUAUUUAUCCUCAAACAGGCAAGUACCGUAUUUAUCCUCAAAUAAGCCCACUCCUGUAGUGUAAAAGUCUGUUGGGGAAGUUUAGGGAGGUCUUACUUUGAACCACUUUACACUGACUGUUUUAAGAUUGAUGAUUCCGUAAAAAUAAAGAAGGGGGCUUAUUUAUGGAUAAAUGUGGUAGUCAUGUCGGUAAUGAAAGAGAACAAGUGCAAAUAACCUGGAUUGAUUUGUCAUUGUAAAGCUUACAGGCUUUUAAGUUCAAAGAUUCAUUUUGCAGCUGUAAUCAUGCUGGGCUUAUUUGAGAAUCAAUUGAGGUAUUUGAGAGAUAUUACUACUCAGCUUCAGUGUUUAGUCACAUGGGUUGGGAUAGUUUAAAGACAAAUUUAGGUAUCGGAGUGAACGUUGUCCUCUGCUCAACUUCAGUCUUUCUUCAGUCAAAGGGGAUUGGCUAAUUUGAGGAACAAUUAAGCUAUCCGAGUGAUAAUUGCCCUCUAAUCAACUUUAAUCUUUCUUUAGUCACAUGGGGUUGGACUAAUUGGAGGACAAAUUUAGGUAUUGGAGUGCUACUUACUUGCUACUCAGCUUUAGUCUUUCUUUAGCCACAGGGAUUUGCAAUUUUGAGGACAAAUUUAGGUAUCUGAGUGCUUCAUGCACGCUACUCAACUUUAGUCUUUCUUAAGUCACAGGGAUGGACUAAUUUGAGGAAAACAUUUAGGUAUUGGAUUGCUACUUUCUUUAGUCACAAGGGAUAGACUUAUUUGAAGACAAAUUUAGGAAACAAAGUGUUUACACUUGCUCUUUUCUAAACGUCUGUGUAUCUUUAGUCACAAGGGGAUGGGCUAAUAUGAAGAUAAACUUACUUAUAGUGGUAAGAAUAUUAACAAAAACAUUCUUCAGGGAGCUGGUCUUGGUCACAGUCAACCUUUGUAGAAUAGAGGUAGCUUGGUUUCAGAGUAAUGCAUGCUCUUUCCUCAAAUUUAUUCAUUGGAGACUGGACUUAUUUGAGGAUAACUUUAUUCAUUGGAGACUGGGCUUAUUUGAGGAUAACUUUAUUCAUUGGAGACUGGGCAUAUUUGAGGAUAACUUUAGUCAAUGGAGACUGGGCUUAUUUGAGGAUAACUUCAUUCAUUGGAGACUGGGCUUAUUUGAGGAUAACUUUAGUCAUUGGAGACUGGGCUUAUUUGAGGAUAACUUUAUUCAUUGGAGACUGGGCUUAUUUGAGGAUAACUUUAUUCAUUGGAGACUGGGCUUAUUUGAGGAUAACUUUAGUCAUUGGAGACUGGGCUUAUUUGAGGAUAACUAGCUUAUGUAGUUUAUUCCUCCAAUUAGUUGUUUCAACAUUGCAUUAUUUUAAGGUUCAAAGGUUAACGGUUAUAGGGUAAGACCACUGACGUUAUUAACCGCAGGAGAAGAAUAAAACUUGAGAUUAAGGCUAAAGAUUAAGGUCACAGUUGUUUUAUAUGGUAGUUUACUUAGAGAAGUAUCAAUAGCAAGAGUGUGAAGGUUAAAGUUCAAGGUUAUGUGAGUAAAUUUUAUUUGUUGUGUAUUUUAACUGAUACUGUAAUCCUAACUUUGCUAUUGUGUUCAGUAUAUUCCCCUUUAUGUUAGUUAUAUAUAUGACAAAUUUAUCUUUUGUCAAAAUUGUAUAUUUUUUCCACAUAUCAACAUACUAGUUUUGUUUUUGUUCUUAUCUGUGAAAGGAGGAACAUAUCAUAUGUCAUUCAAACAUUGGGUUGUUUUGUCACUUUUUUGUUUGUAUACUUUUAACUACUUAUAUUAUUUCGACAUUUUUACUGUAAACCAAAUCUUAAAUUAUUGAUGACAACAGGCAUAAUGCUCAAUAUACACAAUGACACUUUGCCCCCAUUUUUCUUUGCAUUUUAAACAUAGAUGUGUCUUUGUGUAGUAUUAUGUAUCUAAGCUAGUUGUGGCAUAUGUUGCUGUUUUAAAGUAACUCUUUAAGUGAUGUAGGCGCUGUGUGUUGCAUGUGUGUGUGUUGCAUUGAAAAUUACAUAGAAUUUGAAUUUUUAUCUUUUUUUUUUUUAUCUUUUUGUUUUGUUUUUUUGUUUUAUUUUAAAAUAUGCUUGAAAAUAUAAAAAAAAGGAAAAUGCUUUUUAAAAUACCUGUAAAGGGCUUUACAAAUGCUUUUUUGGACUUGUAUGAACCAUAGGUAUGUAUGUGUGUAUUUAUUGUGUUUGCCUCUUGGGAGCGGUCAAAGGGUUCUAUAUAAAUUGUUUAUAUAGGAACCCUGCUGUCCCCGCUGAAAAAAAAACAGAUUUUUACAAGAUAAUGUGUCAGUGUAAGGUUUUGCCUCCGACACGUUCCAAGGUGCUUUGCUCGGGACCAAGGGUAUGGUCAGUGUUACUAUUUUUAGAGAAUAUUUGUUAUUGUUGUAGAAAUUUACACAAAGCCUCAUAUCAAAUGAUAUACAUUUAAUAGAUAUAACCAAUAACUAUGUUAAGCUUACUACAAUUGAACGUACUUUAAAUUAAGCCUGAUAAGUGCAGUAUGGAUAUUGACACAAUACAGCAAUGCUAGGCAGUCGUAUCUUAAGGUCUUUACUUCAAAACGUGUGUACAUAUUUUGAUUGAAUUUAUAGUUUUUCUUGAAGAGAGAUAAAUCUACAAAUCAUGCAUGCUAAAACUUCAAGAUAAUAACGCGGUAUUUAAUGGCUAAACUAAGUGAGUUCAUAAUGAAAAUAUAUUAAAUAUUUUGGAUAAUGAUUUGAAGCGCGUUCUUUAAGGAAACAAAUCAAAUCUUUUCGAUAACGUUUUGAAGCGAGUUCUUCUUGAAAAUAAUUUAAUCUUUCGGAUAAUGAUUUGAAAGCCGGUUUUUUAUGGAAAUAGAUAAAAUCUUUUGGAAAAUGUUUUGAAGCGAGUUCUUCUUGAAAAUAUAUUUUAUCUCCUGGAUAAUAAUUUGAAGGGAGUUCUUCAUGAAAAUAUAUUAAAUAUUUACGAUAAUGUUUUGAAGCGGAUUUUUUAUGAAAGAAACUCAAAUCUUUUGGAUAAAGUUUUGAAGCAAGUUCAUCUUAAAAAUGUAUUUUAUCUUUUGGAUAAUGAUUUGAAGCGAGUUCUACAAAAUGAGAUUUAUGAUUUUAUGAUUUAUUAAAAUCUUUUGGAUAAUGAUUGUGAUGUCAAUAUCUGGUUGUGAUAUUAUUGUAUCAACAAAGUAUCUGUUUCACAUAAUAAUUCUUGUCUUUUUAAUAAUGUAAACCUACAUUUUUAGAUUUUUUACGCUAAAUAUUUUCUCAAAAUUAUGGGCUGAUAGUAAUUCGUAUAUUGAUCUGUACAAGUAUUACUUUGUGAAUACGCCAAUUCUACACUGUGUUUAUCAAUUUAGUAUUUUUUGGUACUAAAACUUGAGGGCGCCAAAAGGAUGUGCAUUUAGAUAUAUGCUGAUUUGGAAAUUGGAAUUAUUAUCGCUCUUCUUAACGAGACUGGGAUUACUUUGUACCAGAGAAGGGUAUCUAUCGGUGCUUUCAAAUUCUCUGUUACUCACAGGUGUCCACCUCUGAUAAAGUCACAAAUCACUGUAGGUCACAUAACAAAAGACUUGAGGAAAAACUUGUCACUUUAGCUCGUAUUGAUAUUGAUAGUGCAGUUGUUUAGGUUUCUUUUUUUCUUUUCUUUUUUCACAGGCGGGAUUCCAAAUGUUGAAGUAUAUUAUUUUAAGGAAUUUCUCUUUCUUUGUUUUCACACGAUUUUUGUGUAACUGCUACUAUUAGUAAAUAGCAUUUAGGUACAUCCAUAAACAUUAUCAAUUAUUAAGUUUUAGGUUAUAUGGUUUCAUAUUACUUGUCCGGGUUUCAUAUUUAUCUCUGGCUCAGGAAAUAUGAAAUCCAGGCAAUAUGAGAUCAUAUUUCCUGCCUAAUACCUAAAUUACAAAUUUAUCAUAUUGGAAAACCCAUUUGAAAUGAACACUGAUGGAAAUCAAAUAGCCCACAUAAGUCAACAGAACUUCUAUCAAAAUAAUGUCUGAUUUAUUCGCAGAAAUGUCACAAUUUCUGUUGUACGUAGAUGAGCCAUAUUAAUUCCACCAUUGCUGUAGAAUUGAUCACUCUUUGCAUGCGACUUGUAUAUUACAUGCAUGACAUUAUAUUACCAGUGAAGAAUCAGAUCAUCUUUGGGUGACUAGCCAAUCAAAUGUUUACGGUUUUAUUUUGCAGUAUGACGAAUUGAUAUGUUUAAGCAGUAAGAUGUAUAAUUAUAUACAUAUUAACAUUUUUGUAUAUAUGACAUUUUAAUCAUAUUACAUUGUUAUGAAAUUUUAUUUAUUUUUCAGAGCAUAAUUUAAACACAUCGAUAUCUAAUUAAUGAAAGAUUUCAACACCAAUUUUACAUGAAUUUGGUGUUGUUUUAAAUCAAAUUUAGCUGUGGCAAUACCGUACGAUAUUGAUUUUUUUUACUGAUUCGUUACUGCUCUAUCGCUUCUGUAUUGCUCAUUCGUUAUAUAGCUCCUAAAACUUCACAGUUAUCACAUCUAAAUCAAUACAUUUAAUUAUAUAUAAUAGAUUUAUCGGCAGAGUUGGUUAUUUUGAUAAAAUGUUUUAUUAUUGUUUAAAUGUUCGCUUAUUUUAGAUCUCUAGUUGUAAUCGUUUUGUUUUAUUGUUGAUUAUUUCACAGAAAUCUGAAAUACCUCUUUUUAUUGUUUAAGCAUGCUCACAACAAAAUCUCAUUUUAUUUAUCAGUUCUUGCCUUUUUCCCGUUGAACAUUUUUGACACAUACGUUUUAUCAACAGACGUAGUCUGUAUUUUAAUGUUAUGACAAUGAAAGAAAAUAUAUUAAUCUCAAACAUUUUCUGCUAGAUAGUAUCUCAGGUGAGUUCGUUGAAAUAUUUAGCUGAAAUUUUAUUGUUACUGUAACAUAAUUUAAAAAAAUAACUCGAUUACUCUAGAGUGAUCGCUGAUGGUGCUGAAACUAACGAGGUUCUAAUGGGUAUAUGUUGAUAGUAAAGAGGCGUAGAACAUAAUAUUAUUUACAUGCCUGAAAUUAACUUAACAAAAAGUAUACAUUGCAAAAGAUAUUUUUUGAUUGAUGAAUUAAAAGACAAUCGCAUAUUAGAUUGAUUUGCAAAAUAAUUAGAUUUUAAAUAAUAUAUAAGUGAUAAUAUUUAAAUGUCUAUAUGAUGAUAGAGCUAUUCAGACAGUUUCACGAACUACUUGACACUUUUUGGGGGGGAAAUUUCAUGAAGGAUAUAAAAUUGUGCAUGUUUGAAAUUUUAAACCUUCUUUUGAAAAAAAUAUUAAUUUUAAAUUAUUGAUUAUUAAGAAGAUUUAUUGCAUCAUUAAUACCUCUAUAUAAACUGGAUGUGUCGGAGCGACAUGAUUACCCCCGCCAGUAGCCACAGAGAAGUUUGCUAUAAUUUAGGGUGUCUUUGGGCAACACGUUCUUGUUGAUUCGGGAACAAUAUAAAACAUGUUUUUGUAAAUGAACGCUCUAUCACCAGGAACGUGACAGGAACACGGAUAUGGCGUCUAUUACGCAGUGGAGAGUGAAAAAGUGAAAAUUGAAAAACGAAUUUGCUUAUUUAAAUAACAGGAUAGCAAUCUCAAAUCACCGUUUGCUAUCUAACACAAUAUGGAUAAAAUACAGACGUUUGACAUUUUACAGUUGACAUAGCGCCGCCAUCUUUAGUAGUUUGACGUCCUUGCAACAGCAAGGAUCAUAUGAAAAUAAGUGUCAAGGAGACACCUACAGAAGGAACAACAAGGCACAGAAAGGCUGAGCAGUGAGUCAAGAGAGGAAAGAUUUCUUGUUCCUAGAGCAUGUUCUGUACUUAGUAAUCGAUUUUAGGACAUCAAGAAACUGUUCACGUGUUCUAGAACAAUCAAGAACGGUGUUGUUGUCGCCCAAAGACACCCCUAGCGUUAUUGUCUUGGGUAUACUUCUGAGUCUUAGUGGUAGUGGCCUUAGACAGUUACUAACUGUCGGGGAUAUGUUUUAUAUAAGCUGGAUUCAGUCUUUUUCCAAGAUGGCGGGCAUUCUGAAUUGUCUAUCCGAUCUUCUUUCUGUAAGAAAAACUUGAAAACAUCUCUACCGGUAUAAUUUGGGCACCCCCAACUUUAAACUUUAUUUCAGUACAAAAACCUGCGCAAAUUACAUGGGUUUUUACGGUAAUUUUUACGGUAGGCAUUGUCAUGUACAUUGUGCUUUUACUAAAGCAGAUUCUACGAUUUUGGUAUGCAAAUGUACUAUAUAUAUAUCUGUGAUUUUUGAAAAUUCCCACUGGUGUUAAGUAAAGGUCCCUACUAUGCUUGUAAACGUUUUAAUGUAAAAUAAGGGUAAAAUAUGUACUUUUUCUUCCAAAUAUAUAAUUGUCAGUUUAGCGACUAUAAAGUGAAAUAUUUCAGCAUACUGUAGUACUAACCUACAAUGUUCAUCAUGUAGUGCUUGGCAAAUUUCUUUUGCCUAUUAAAAAUUGACGGAAAUUAAUCAAACGGGAAAACCUACUAUAGGAUGUGUUUAAAAUAUGAUAUUUAAAAUAAGUUUGUUAUUGAACUAGGGUAUAUGUAACAUUUUAUCUUCAUAAAGUUUGCUAUAUUUGAAGAUCUGAAUACCUCUCUGUUCAGGAUGUUAAAUAAACCUGAGAACUAUUUAUAACUGAAUUGCUGGAGUAUGAGUGAAAAUCAGCAUUAACUCAUCUUUCAAAAGCUCUUUCAUGAAGGCAUGAAUGAGCAUCUAAACCAAAGGUAGGCAUGGAACCUGUAAAUGUAAUACAUUUAAUUAGAUAUUAUGCUUCAGUUCGGACAGCGUAUAAAAAAAAAAAAAAAAAAAAUCAUAAAAUGGCUUCCAAGGAAUGGAAAUUUAUCUAAAAAAAAAAAAAAAAAAAAAACUCUUCUGAAAACAAUCGCUUGAAAAACCGAAAGUUACAUAAGACAUAUAGAAGCACAAAAGAAUUUCUUCUGGGUACAAAUAUAAUUUGAACGAUAAAAUGUGAAACUCAAACUCUAAACAUUUUGAAGGGUAGUAGUAACGUAAAGUGUGCAGCUUUUGGUUUUGUAUGAAAGUAUACAACAAUCUAUUCUUGUUUACAAUUGAUCAUUAUUAUCGGGACUGGAGCAUCUAUCUAAUCAUACUGUAAACGUGGUUAUUUAAGCGGGGCUUAAUUUCGCGAUUUCGAUAUGUAAACUAUAUGCGUGGGGAUACUUUUCGCGACCAAUUGACCUACUUGUAUUUAUAGAUUAGGAAAAUUGAUAUUAAAAUGAUACGCUUGGGGAAAGUUUACGCGAUCAAAAAGACUCCGCUUAAUUAGCAUAAAUUCCCUCGCGUACAUUUCCAUGUUUACAGAAAGUGAGUUUUAUUGGUACACUGUUCUAUAUUUUAAAUGCUAUUUUGCUGUAAUCAGAACCGUCGUGAGGUCCAAAACAUCAGAAUAUAUGAGGUUGGGGAGAUCCAUGGCUACCAAUUAAUCAUACGGGUAUGUCGGUAAGUUCUGGGAUUUUUUAAUGUCUGUGCGUAAAAGUGUUUUAAUUUGUUUUCAUCACAUUCACAUGACAAUAUUUCAGCAAUGUGUUAUAAUUCACUUGCAUGACAUCAACUAAUUAAACUGCAUAUAUGCCAUAUGUUAACAAUCUUGUAUGAUUUCACAUUUAUAAUCGAAGCAAACUUGAAGAAUAAGACAAAACAUAAUUGUAUAAAACAUCAGUUUCUUCGAAAACACGGAAAUAUUCCUUGACCUUACUUACAUUCUUAGUUUUUUUUUGUAAUUUGAACAUCAGACAUUAAAAAAAUCUUGGAACUGUUUUGCAGCUAAAUGAUAUUUAUAUCAUUAUUUCAAGAAAUCUGAUUCAGAACUGUCUACCAGAAGCUUUUGCAUUAUUGCCCAUAAAAUGAUGAAUUAAUAGGGAGACAUUCCCUAACUUAUUCAACGUUUCACAAACGGGUCAUGCAGGGUGAAGGUCAGAUACUUAAUUCCGUCAUAGCGUAAUAAUGGCUCUUAAGCUAUUUCAAACAUCGUGACGGUUUGACUGAGAACACUUUUCUUUCGACUAUGCUUUUUGGUGAUUUUAACAACAAGUAAACAAAACAUCUGAAACGAAAUUUAUCUCACUUGAGAACAGUUUUAGGACUAAAUGUCUACACAGAAGCAUACAUAAAAUAAGAAAAGAAAAGUUUCUCUCAUUAAAAACGGAAUAUUUUAAUAUGUAAAUGUAUAAUGGACAAUAGAUAAACAACAACUGGACAGUUAAACUAAGGACCGAGAGUGUUGAGUUGAAGAAGCAUCAUCAUCAGUCACGGAUAGAAAAAAUGGAUAUUACAAUGUAUUUCUUUUUAUUGUUUUUAAUGAUAUAUUGUUUUUAGACUUAUUGCUCAACUUCUUUAGAUACUCAUAUUUUGUUGUGUUGAUUUUAUCCUGCAUUGUUUAUCCUGCAGUAAGACAAGGGUCAGCAUAAUCCCUAAACUAUCAAAAUCUACAUGACAGUAUCAUUUGAUGGCUUUCAAACUGCAAUAUAUGGCUCAUUAGCAGCUUAUUGUUUGAUGAAAAGGUAUUAUCUCGAUAUAUUUACUCCUCAAGAAAUAUGUCAAUUGUUACUUUAUUUUUUAUCAUUGAUGUAUCGGACACAGGCAUUUUUGUGUUGAUAUCCAAUGUGUUCAGCAGCUGCCUGGAUAGCAGUGCUUGUGUAAUAACUUCUGUAUAUAGUGAUGGGACUGUACGAUGUGCAACGAAAAUGUCAGUAACUAUAGUACUGUAAUGUCAGAUUAAAAUGUAUUUUUGAAAAUAAAAGAUGUGAUAGUUGUUGUAAUAA